AUGUCUGACAUUGAAGACUACGCCUACUCGCCCUAUGACGACCUUGAAGACGUUUUAUACGACGCGGACCCGGACCCAGAGUUGGCGGAUGACUUAGCCAGCCAUGCGAUACACAGUCCCAUUUACCACGAGGAAGAUGCCGUCAAGGACGAGUUGCAGGAAUACUUUAGCGACUGGGAAUACUACUCGGAUGACUACGUGGAUGAUGACCCAACACUGUUGAAAAAGAACCCUCAGGACGGUGGGCCGAUACGGCGGUUGGCACACACCGAAACAGAACCGAAGCGUGGCAAGAAGAGGAAGCUGGUUGAAACACAGGACAUCCCUACCUUUGACCUGAACGACGACCAAUUGUUGACCCGCUGUAUCAAGGGUGUAAUAUGGGCCAAACCUUCCGAGCUCAGGACCCCGCAGUACGAAGGCGGCCAAGAAAACAAAGUCGCGCUGAUGAAGGACUGGAAAAAAGUGUUUGCAGUCAAAGACAGUGGCUGGGGUCGGGCAUCAGGAGGGGGCCAGCAAGAUGAGUCUUGGGCUAACGACUUGAGUCUCGCCGAUAUGGGUCUACGGAAUCUACCCAGGCAAGCGUCUUUCAAGCACGACGACCAAGAAGAGGAAGCAGGUUUUGAGGAGGACGACGGAGCAGAACACAUUCCAGUUGGCGUUGAGGAAGAUAUGGUGUCCGACAAGGGUUCGCCUGGGCCUAGCUCUUCGAAGCUCGAGACUGCCAUGCUUCUGGACGAGGAUGGCAGAGAGAUAACCCACGACUCGCCUGCGGCAGAGGAUUUGGAGGACGAGCGAGGUCCCCGGAAAAGACGUCGAGUCAAGCCAGACCUCCCAUCUCCGCCAGACUCAAAUGAAGCCGUCACUCUCGACCUAGAGGAAUCCCAAGUCACGUCGAAACUGAAAGCUGCAGCACUCGCAAAGCAUGACUCUGUCACAGGCGACAGCAAUCAGACAGUCCAAGCCAAAGCGCCCAUAUCUGGUGGCUCUGACGUUCAGCAGAUCAGGAAGAGAAAGGCGGCCGAGGAGCCCGACGAUGGUGUCAACCGAUCAACUGCCAGUAGUCGGGCGAAGAGAGUUGCAUCGUCUGUGUCAAACGUGGCUACCAGCUCACGAGCAAAAAGAAGCACCAAGACGAGGUGA